AUGUAAUUUUAUUCUGUGAUAGACUUUACAGCAAGCGAGAGCUUGUGUUUCGUGGUUUCUGUGUUUAUGUGUCAAUUUUAGUUGGUCAACAAUCGGAAUAUUUGUGAAAAUUUUACAUUGUGAAUGUAUUUUGUGUGUGAACAAUGCCCUAGAAAAAUAUCGUCUCUUUUUACAUUUUUUAAGACAUUGAAUAUUGUGUUCCUCUCGGAAAUUGGUUACAAACAAAUGAUCUGACGAAAUGUUUCGUCAAUAAUACUUUGACGCAGAUCAAAUGGAAUCUCGACAAUAAUCAAGCCUAAACAUUCCCAGCGAAUACACCCCAACUCAAUUACCAAAAGACUGAUUUUAGUAGCUAAGACAGUAGAAACGCACAUUCCUUAUGCCAAUUUGACGGUACCUCCACCAUGUUCAAGUUACUAGGAGGGCUGAGCGUGUACUUCAAGUACCAGGAGAUAAGGACUGACAAUGCAGUAUUCCGUCUCCACAACAUAUUCACGACGGUGCUGCUGCUCAUGUGCUCGAUGAUCAUCACGGCGACGCAGUACGUGGGGCAGCCGAUCCAGUGCAUCGUGAGCGGGCUGCCAACGCACGUGGUGAAUACAUUCUGUUGGAUCACGUCCACGUUUACGAUGCCCGAUGAGAUCGCGAGGGAGGUGGGCAGGGAGGUGGCUCACCCGGGCGUGUUCAACGAGUAUGACAGCACGAGGGAGAAGAAAUACCACACCUACUACCAGUGGGUGUGCUUCGUACUCUUCUUUCAAGCAAUAAUGUGCUAUACACCCAAGUUCCUAUGGGACGCCUUCGAGGGCGGCCUUCUUCGCACCAUCGUGAUGGGGCUGAAUGUGGGAGCGUGUCAUGUGGACGAGAGAGAGAAGAAGAAGGAUGUCCUUAUCGGAUACCUCCUGCGGUACGCCAAGCGCCACAAGAUGUACGCGUUCCGCUACUGGGGCUGCGAGCUGCUCUGCCUGGUCAACAUCGUGCUGCAGCUGCUCAUGAUGGACAGCUUCUUCGGGGGAGAGUUCUUCUCGUACGGGGUCAAGGUGCUGGGGUACAGCGAGGUGCCGCAGGAGCAGAGAAUGGACCCAAUGAUCUACGUGUUCCCCCGCGUCACUAAGUGCACGUUCCACAAGUACGGCGCGUCGGGCAGCAUCCAGACGCACGACUCGCUCUGCAUCCUGCCGCUCAACAUCGUCAACGAGAAGACCUACAUCUUCCUGUGGUUCUGGUACAUCAUACUGGCUGUGAUGCUGUGUUUGCUGGUUGUUUACAGACUGGUAAUAAUCUGCGUACCAUCCAUCCGAGCGCGCCUGCUGCACGCCCGAGCCAGGUCCCUGGCCAUGGAGACGGCGGUGGUGGUGUCCACGCGGACCGACGUGGGCGACUGGUGGAUCCUGUACAUGCUGGCCCGGAAUAUGGACCCGCUUAUAUACAGGGAGCUAAUCUCAGAGCUGGCCAAGCGAAUGGGCGAGAAGGCGGGAGCGCGCGCGUGACGUCCCGCCCCGCCGGCGGACAAGCCCCCGCCCAUAGCCGUGCUCAGCGUGUGACCAGCCGACCUCCUCACCUCUAUAGCCUCCUGGUACUUUUUUCCUGCGAUUUAAAGUGCCACCACCAAUCGACCUCUCCACUGGUAUAGCUACUUGCUAGUUUACGACUGCGGAAUAUUGCGGUUACUGCCUUUCAAAAUGUCAGCAGCCGACCUCUGCAAUCCUAUAGUCUCCUGGUACUUUUUGACUGCAGAAUCUAGCCAUAUUGUGGCUAAUGUCCUUCAAAGUGACAACAUCAGCCGACCUCUGCAAUCCUAUAGUCUCCUGGUACUUCUGACGACAGAAUCUAGCCAUAUUGUGGCUACUGUCGUUCAAAGUGACAACAUCAGCCGACCUCUGCAAUCCUAUAGCCUCCUUGUACCCUCCGAAUUUAGAUUAGAAUCUAGGAAUCUUUCGGUAUACUCCUCGACUCUUACCAUUGUACUCUCCAUAACCAGAAUCUCAAUUUCUUAUUGAAUUUUUCAUGCGACUUACUUUUCCAAUAUUGUGCUGUGUUAUUAAUAAGUAAUAAUUCGUGCGCUGCGUCUUAUGAUCUAUACAAAAAUGAGGGUUAGUGAAAAUAAUAUUCUGCUAUUAGACAAGUAAGAGGUAUUAAAUGAGCAGCUAUAAGUCGGUUAUUUAUAGCUGUCCGCCAUAAGAUAUUAUACUUGUAGGGCUUUUCCUAAAGUUACGUUAUAUUACGCGUACUUUUAUAAUGUGAUGGUGUGUUAAACAUCAUUGUAGUUUGUUUUAAUAUUAUGUAUAUCGUUUUUAAUCUAUUACAUAUUGAAGUCUUACAUGUAAAUAGUCACUGCCGUUAUUAUUUAAGUGACUUAUCGUGUUUUGUAUAAUAUCAUAAAAUCUAAGUGCAUAACAAUUGCAAUUGGAGAUGUUAUAAUCUCAAAAUAUAUCAUGUGAAUAUGAUGCUUGGACUAACACCAUUGGGGCUGAGUGAAUU